UAGAGUGAAAAGGAAGCGAGAAAGGAAAAGAAGGAAAAGUGUGUGUGGUGGGAAUGGGUAGCGAAGAAGAGAGGGUUCUUGAGAACCAGCUUGAACUUCAAUUGCAAGAACAAAGGGAUUCUCUCGCUGCUAUCGAUCAUGCUCUCCUCCUUGAUCCAACAAAUUCCGAACUUCUCUCGGUUCAUGAGGAGCUUGUUCAGGUAAUUAAGGAUGCUGAGGAAGGACUUCUUCACCUAAAGCGUGCAAGAUUAUUAUCUGAAGCAGACACAGUGCUGCAUAGUACUAAUAUUUUUUCGGAAGAGAAAGUGGAGCCACUUGAUCCUGCAGAUGUUGAACCAGAUCCGCCAGAGGAAAAAUGCUUUUCUGUUGGAUCUAAAUGUAGAUUCCGUUACAAAAAUGGGUGUUGGUACAAUGGUCAAGUGGUGCAAUUGGAUAAUUCAAUGGCAAAGAUUUCAUUUCUUACUCCUACAUCUGAGAAUAUGAUGAUGUGCAAGUUCUUUUUACAACAACGAUGUCGAUUUGGUAGUAACUGUCGCCUAUCCCAUGGAGUUGAUGUUCAACUGUCCUCCCUUAAGGAAUAUGUCCCGACAAUCUGGAAGUCGUCCCUUGUGGGAUCAAGUAUAUGGGCCGUCUCAAAUGCAAAUGCAGGGAUUUGGAGAGAAGCUGAGCUUGAGUCAUGGGACGAAAAAGAUGGAGUUGGACAAGUUGUUUUCCGAGAUGAUGGAAGUUCUGUGAAGCUUGGUGCACAAGAAAUGGUAUUAUCUGAGUAUGCAGAUAUGAGUGACAUAGAUAGUGAUUUCAGCUUAGAACAAUCCGAUUACAGCGACUCCGAGGAAGAGGAACCACAAGGUUUAGGAUUUAUGGACAGUACCAACUUACAGAGAGGUGUUCAAACUGAAACUGCUAUAUUUGCAAAGUGGGAGAACCACACAAGAGGCAUAGCAUCCAAAAUGAUGGCUAAUAUGGGUUAUCGAGAAGGGACAGGUUUAGGUAUAACUGGUCAGGGUAUGCUUGAUCCGAUACCAGUGAAGGUCCUACCGCCAAAGCAGUCCUUAGAUCACGCACUUGGAUCUCAUAAAGUGGAAGAGAACACAGAGAAGCAAAGGAAGAAACGGACCAGAGGUGGUAGGAGAAAACGCGAGAAGAAAUUUGCGGAAGCAAAUCGUGCCGCAAAAGAAGAAGAAGAAUCGGCACCAGAUGUAUUCACACUAAUAAACAACCAGCUAGCAAUGCAUGGUGAAGCUUCCCAUGAUGGAUCAACAAAGAAGCAGCAAACUAAAGGUUCAGGGGAAGGUAAAAAGGUGGAUAGGAAGGUAUUGGUUGCUUAUGAGCAUGAGGUGAAGGAUUUGAAGGCGCAGGUUGAAAAACUUGAACAAAUGGUGGAAGCAAAUAAAAAAGAAAAGCCUGUCUAUGAUGCUGCCAUGAAAAAAUUAGUCCAAACCCGCAAGGCUUUGGCUGAUGCUGAAGCAGUUCAUGCCUCUGCCUCAAACACAGUUGUUAGCAAAGAAAAAGAGAAGAGGUGGCUUAAGUUUUAGUAAGUAUCUAUCAGAGUUCGAAUUCUGACUGAAACAUUCGUUGGUCAGACUUUAUUUAUCUCUCAGUCGAACACCAAAUUACUAAGACUUUUUUCCACUCUUUCUUUUGAGAAUUGGAAGGUUAUGAAAUCAAGUUUUCGCAAGUAUGUAGGACUCAGUUUUGUUUGUAGUUGCAUAAUGUAAUGCCUUCAAUUUAUCCUUAUGCUGAUACUUUAAAAAGAAGAAAAGGAAAGAAAUCUCACAGGUGUAAGUAACUCUAUUAAGAUACUAGGAGAUUGCUAUGUAGUAUGUAGCCUUGUACAUGCUCUGUCACUGUUCUACUGGAAGUUGAACAUGUACUAUCUUAGAUGUAUGCAUUUUUCCACCAAAUGGCCAGCAUUGCACUGUACUUUAAACCGUGAGUUCAUGUGCUUGGGUGACUGUUUGUCAAAUGAUAUUUUGGAUGAAAUUGAUUUUGUAUACUUGAUUUGGUUAACAUUUAAA